AAUGCCCGUUGCUUUACGAAAAUAUUUUUGUCUUCAUUAAAUCCGAAACUUUAAAAAUACAUUGCCUGCUUCAUAAAUACAAGCUCAAUAAUUACAAAAACACCAUAAGUUAAAACACAAUCUCAGUUAAGCUCAAUGUACGCUCCACAAAUGCAAAAGUUCUAUAUUUGAAAAACUCUCUGAUGUGCAUCAGUGUUCGUAUAGGAAAUACUCUCCACAAAUGCACAUAAAAUAAAAACAGACUUCUACGCGUUAAUCAAAUUUUUACUUGAAAAAUAUUAUUUAGAGGCAAUAAAAAUAAAGAAAAUGCAGCAAAUAAGUAAAAAAAGAUAUUUAUUAAGUGCAAAAGACAAAUUAUUAAUUAUAAAUUUGAGAAAUUCCGGUGAAAGUCGUUCAAGUCUGGCAGAAAAAUUUAACUGUUCUCAAGCCACCUUGUCAAGGACAUUUAAAAGAUCAGAGGACAUUGGGGCAAUGGUUAAAAAUGACCCUUUGUGUUUAAAAAGAAAAAGAUUUAAACCACCGAAACAUCAAAAAUUGGAACAUGCUGUUUACUUGUGGUAUUGUCAGAUGCGUGCAGCAAAGGCCCACAUAUCAGGACCAAUAAUCAAAACUAAAGCUCUACAAUUUGCAAAAUCUCUGGAAAUUGAAGAUUUCAAAGCUUCAGAUGGAUGGCUUGCUAAGUUUAAAAAGAGAAAUUCUGUUUCCUGGCGGGUAGUUUCUAAUGAUUCUGACUCAGUCGAACGGGAAAUGACUGAGAAUUGGAUUCAAGUGGUAUUCGAACCAUUGUUAAACGAAUUUUCAGAAGAUGACAUUUUCAACUUAGAUGAGUUUGGACUAUUGUGGAAGGCAACACCUAGCAAAAGUGCGGAAUUGAGAGGUGAAACUUGUUCGGAUGGCAAACUCAGUCGCAACAGACUUUCUAUACUCAUAGGAGCAAAUAUGUCAGGAACCGAAAAAUUGCCAUUGCUAAUAAUUGGCAAGUCAGAAAAUCCUCUCUGCUUUAAAAACGUCACAACGAAAAUUAAAUCGUUGUAUAGAAACAAUUUAAAAGCAUGGAUGACACCUUUCUUAUUUGAAGACUUUUUCGUCGAAUGGGAUAAACAGCUGCAGGUCGAAAAUCGUUUUGUCGUGGCAAUAGUCGAUAAUUGUUCAGCACAUACCAAAAGUGUUUCUUAUCUCCUUCAAAAUAUUAGACUGGUCUUUUUCCCUUCGAAUUGUAGUUCAGUUCCACAGCCUAUGAACAUGGGAAUAGUGAAAAAUAUCAAACAACUUUAUAGAACAGAAUUAGUCAGCAAUCACAUGAAAAUUAUAGAUGGAAAGGAAUCAAUCGAAAAUAAUGUCCUGGAGGCAAUCGACAUUCUCGUUCAGUCAUGGGAUAAAAUAUCACCACAAACGAUCAGCAAUUGCUUCAACGCAGCGGGAUGGAAACAAGAUUUUAUGAUCGAAGAAAUAUAUGACUGGGAUCCUCUUGAGCAAAUGCAGAUAGACGAAAAUUUCAUAAACUUUGAUGAUGAUUUAGUUUCGUCUGGGCUGUUGACAGAUGAAGAGAUUUUACAAACUGUCGCUGAAAAAGAUGAAGAUAAUUGUGAUAUUUUUAAUAUAGUUGAAUAUGAACAAGAAUUUGAAGAAAUCGACAAUAACGACUUUGUUGAUUCCAUAGGAGCUCACGAAAAUAACUUCAAAACAGAAGUUAUUGUUAAAGAAGAAACUGAUCAAGAUCACGACUAUCCAGAUACAACCGAAAAUCAAGUUCAAUGUAAACAACACGACGAUGAUAACUUGGCUGAUUGCUUAAGAGCUCUUGAAGAUAGUCUGCUUGCAAGCAAAAAUGUUUCGGCAGAGGCUCUCAACACAUUUUAUUUAUUGAAGAAAGCAUUAAACUUCUGAAAGUCCCUUAGAUAGCUUAAACCAAUUUCAAAAUUACAAGUAAUAAAGUUAUUUUCAAAAGAAAGUUUCAAAGUUAUGUCAACAUCCCAA